UGUUUUUGUUGCCAAUUCCCUUGCUGGUCUCCUUCCUCUGGCUACUUUAGUCCCAACUGAGGAACUGGGAAUCCAGACUGCACUGGGAGAUGAAGAGAAGCUGAGGAAGCACUGGGUACCACAGGCUGAAGCUCUGUGCUCCAUCAAUCCUCUUCAGGAGAGGACAAGGUUGAUCUCAAGGACAACGUGAAACGAAAGCUGACCCCUUGGUGUUUCCCCCCACGGCCUCAGAUCUUCCCUCGUCUCUUCGUAGCCAUGGAACGGUCCACACAAGAGCUCUUCCUCAACUUCAUGAUUGUACUGAUCACGGUUCUCCUCAUGUGGCUUCUGGUGAAGUCAUACCAAGACUGAAAGACUCCCUCCUACCCCUUGCGAGUGAGUGAGGGAUCUACGUUUGGAAAAAGAAUGCUAAUUCUACUGUACAGGAGCAGUCCUAUGCUUGCUCUUUGUCUGUGUGUCAAUUU